AUGUCGCACUCAACAAAGCAGCUCAAGAAGGCUGCGCGCAUAAUUCUUGUUGGUGCGCCGGGGGUGGGAAAGGGUACACAGUCAGAGCGUCUGCUGGCUCGGUUUCCCCAGCUGGCCUCAAUCAGCUCGGGAGACCUCCUGCGCGAGAAUGUGCGCCAGAGGACGCCACUUGGCCUUGAAGCCGAAGCCGCAAUGCAAUCAGGCAAUCUGGUGCCAGACUCGAUGAUUCUUAGCCUGAUUUCCUCCGAAUUGAAAUCCAAGGGCUGGCUCCCUCCCUCGUCACCUUCUGAUUCCUCCUCCUCAAACUCUGUCGAAACCUCGUCCUCUCAGUCCUCCACCUCAACUCCUACCCUAUCACCCUCCGCUUCAUUUAUCCUCGAUGGCUUCCCCCGAACCGCCGUUCAAGCAACCAGUUUGGACAGUCUAGUCCCGGUGAACUUCGUCGUGAAUCUCAUAACGCCGCCUUCUGUCAUUCUCGCUCGCAUUGCAUCCCGCUGGGUCCAUGAGCCCUCGGGCCGUGUCUACAAUACAGAUUUCCACGCGCCAAAGGUGCCCGGAAAGGACGAUGUCACAGGCGAACCAUUGACGCAAAGAGAAGAUGACUCCAUUGAUACGUGGAAGCAACGGCUGCGCAAGUUCGAGGAGACUAGUAGGGCUCUCCUCGAGCAUUAUGACCGUCGUGGCUGCCUCUGGCGUGUGGAGGGCAAUUCGAGCGAUGAAAUUUCCCCUCAAUUAUUCGCGGAAAUUGAGCGCAGGUUCUGCUAA